GGUGUGUAUGAUGUAUCAGCAGUAGGCGGGGUUUCGGUCUCACACUAAAUAUUCAAAAUGGCGGACAGAGGAUCAACGACUCAAGAUGAGCGCUCGACUGCAGAUUCCAGUGGCCACCCAGCAGAUCGAAGUAAAAGCAGCAUGGAAAACGGAGCACAAGGAGCAGAUCAGGCCAAUGGUCUGGACGCCCAUAAAUCAAAUGGACAAGGAACAAGUGCAAUCAACAAUGUUCAGGUACAAGCACUUCUCCAACAGUUGAGUUUAACUCCAGCGCAGUUAUUGUUGCCGCAAACGCAGGCGCAGCUCCUCGCCGCCGCCGUGCAGCAGUCUGGAAGUCAACAGAGCAGCACCACUGGAGCCAAUAUCUCUGCCUCUGCAGCCACGCCCAUCACACUGUCCCAACCAAUUCAGAUUGCGUCUCAGCUGCAGCCUCAGGGUUUGAACCUACAGCAGUUCGUGUUGGUUCAGCCAGGCCACUCCAUCAGUACUCAGAUUGAGCCGCAGUUCAUCAUAUCACCUUCACCUCAGGGUCAGACUGGUCUCCUGCAAGCUCAAAAUCUCCUGACUCAACUACCUCAAAGCCAAGCUAACCUCCUCCCAACUCAGACCAGCAUCACCCUCACCACACAGGCGGCCACACCAACAAGAAAAAUUGCAGCCAUGCCGGCUCCAGCGGCGGCCACUCCAAAGCACAUGGAUGCACCGUGUGUAGAGGAGGCCAGUGACCUCGAGGAGCUUGAACAGUUUGCAAAGAAUUUUAAACAGAGGCGCAUCAAGCUGGGCUUCACUCAGGGUGACGUGGGGUUGGCGAUGGGGAAACUCUAUGGAAACGACUUCAGCCAGACCACCAUUUCCAGAUUUGAGGCCUUGAACCUGAGCUUCAAGAACAUGUGCAAACUCAAACCUCUGCUAGAGAAAUGGCUCAGCGAUGCAGAGAACAUGUCUGCUGAUUGUGUGGUGUCGAGUCAGAAUGAAAUGUCUCCGGGUCUCUGUGAGAGUCUGAACCGGCGGCGUAAGAAGCGGACAAGCAUCGAAACCAGCAUCCGUCUUGCCUUAGAGAAGAGCUUCCUGGAGCAGAGUCAAAAGCCAUCAUCAGAGGAGAUCACGCUGAUUGCGGAUCAGCUCAACAUGGAGAAGGAGGUGGUACGCGUUUGGUUCUGUAACCGCAGACAGAAGGAGAAACGGAUCAAUCCUCCCAGUAGCAUCGGCGGAUCGCCUGGAUCAGCCAUUAAAACUAUCUACAGCAGCUCCACCACAGCAGUGUCCAGCAGCACAAACACACUGACUGUCAAUUCUGUGGUUCCUCUGAACAACAACAGCAUCUCAAACCUCACACUCAGUGGUGGAGUUCUGGGUCAGGUGAUGUCUAACUCACCAUCUGUCAUCUCCAUGGCUCCUGCUGUGGCCACAUCUGCCCCUGCCGUGACGUCACACUCGAUCAGCCCGUCCGCCACCACCGUAAAAAAGGAAAUUGCCACUCAGCCAGUUUCCAUGGCAACAUCAGUCACGCAGGGGGCUGGGCAGCUGCUGGUGACAGGUACAGGACUGGGCGGUGCUAAUCUGACUGCUGUCACAGGCUUGAACCCAACAAUCAUAACGCCAUCACAACUGACGCAAGGUGGGGCGUUUUUGAGUUUGGCUCCUGCUCUGGGAAACGCUUUUGGUCCUGUGCUGAUGAACAACAAUGCACUGGCCACCAUCCAGGCUCUGGCUUCGGGCGGCGUUCUGCCUCUGAACUCCAUUAAUGGAAACACCGGCUUGCUAUUCGCCAACACCAGUGCGGGAAGCUCUGCCCCCAGUCUGGUGACCACGCCCCUCUUCCUCAACCCAUCCAGCCUCUCUCUACUACCAUCCAAUCUGCUGUCAGCAGGCGGGGCUGGAGGCGGAGCUUUCAACCUGCAGCUGGCCAGUGACUUGCAGCAAAGUUCUGUUGCCACGACAACCAAGAGCAUUGCCUUGGCCUCGAAGGCUCAGUGAGCGCAUGCGGCUUGGUCCAAUCCUGUGCUAUUACCAAAAAUGCUUCUGACAUGCUUAGUACUUACUGCAACCGAAUGUCUGUCACGCAUUUGAUUGCUUUAGGAAACGGUCAGGAUUUAACUUUAU